AUGCCGCAUUUUAUCAAUUUUCCUUUUGAAAUCAUCGUUGAUAUAUGUUCAUAUAUUGAUUUAUACUCACUUAACGCAUUAGCACUUUCUUGCAAAGACUUGACAUUUGUUCUUAAGCAUCCACCUCUAUGGCGCCACAUUCGUUUCAUAAAUCUUGAAGAACAAAUCCAAAUUGAAAAACAAUUUUUAUCCCCUCUUAAUUAUACUACUUUCCAAAUCCCCUAUAAACUAUCCCGUGUCGACGAUAGGCGCGCUCGUCAACUUCUCAAUAUUGAUGCUUUAACUGAAGGCGAAAAAUAUCUUUAUGAGAAGCUAUCUAAAAAAUUUCAACCUACGAAGUUAAAUGUUCAAGACAUCUCUGGCGGUUGUGGCUCAAUGUAUGCAAUAGAAAUUUCUUCUUCGGUGUUUAAAGGCUUACCAAUGAUAAAACAACAUAGAAUGGUAAAUGAAUUAUUAGAAGAUGAUAUUAAAAAAAUGCAUGGAAUUAGGGUAAGCUAA